UUGAGAGUGCGGCCCAUAAUCAUGCUUAGGCAUCACCAUUCAACAGUCAAAAAAAGCAGCAGUUAAGUAGUGACCAUAAUAAACUGUAAGAGGAUAUGGGUAUGGCUAUGGCUUUGUCACCAUCCUUUUUCAAACCCCGUUGCUCCCCUUCUCCUACCAACCCCAUUUCUACCAUUACCACCAUCCGGCCUGCUGUCAUUCUUCCGGGCUUAGGGAACAAUACAGGGGACUAUCAGAAGUUGGAGGUGACAUUGCGAGAGUAUGGGGUACCCACAGUUGUAGCUAAUGUAUCAAGGUUUGAUUGGCUGAGGAAUGCUGCAGGUUUGGUGGAUCCAAACUACUGGAGUGGCACUCUUAGGCCUCGGCCUGUUCUUGAUUGGUAUCUGAAGAGGAUUGAUGAGGCUGUCCAAGAGGCAAAGGAGCUGGCACAAGGUCAGACUUUGUCCUUGAUUGGUCACUCAGCAGGAGGAUGGCUUGCACGUGUCUACAUGGAAGAAUUUGGGCAGUUAGAUGUCUCCUUGUUAUUGACUCUUGGUACUCCCCACUUGCCACCUCCAAAAGGCGUGCCAGGGGUCAUUGAUCAAACAAGGGGUCUCCUUGAUUAUGUUGAAAAACAUUGCAUGAAAGCUGUGUAUACUCCUGAAUUGAGAUAUGUAUGCAUCGCAGGGAGGUAUAUUCAAGGGGCCCGCUUCUUGGGGGACUCAAAUGUGGAAGCUAAAACGAUGAUUCCUGUUGAGAACGAUCAACCAACUGCAGAGGCUGUACUUGUAAAUGAUAUGGGCAAUUCAACUUCUACUGCACCCAGAUUUCGUGCUCGUUUUGCUGGGCAAGGGUAUAAGCAGGUAUGUGGGCAGGCAGAUGUAUGGGGUGAUGGAGUGGUGCCAGAGGUGUCAGCCCAUCUGGAUGGCGCGCUCAACAUUAGCUUGGACGGAGUUUACCACUCACCGGUUGGUUCAGAUGAUGAAAUGAGACCAUGGUACGGUUCCCCCGCUGUUGUGGAGCAAUGGAUACAUCAUCUCCUCAACUAAACUUGAAAGGGAAGGCAAUGGCCAGUUGAACGCGUAAUACCAAUCUCCUCUGUUGAACUUGCAUUCAAUUGCUCCUGUAUCUUGGGACAUUGAUUUACCUCAGUGAUAGCGAGUGUCGGUCCUCUUCUAGUUUAUUUUGAUUACUUAACAGCAUUUACGGCCCAUGCUCUAAACUGCCCGACAUCCAGAUCCAGUGAGAUUGCAUCUCGUCUGUCCAACCAAUCCAUAUUAACGGGUGGCUUAUUGCAGCUCUUGUUGAAGAUUUGCAGAUUCACAUUUUUCUUACAAACAUAUCUCGAAGUUGAUGUCAUUGCCAAACUGACAAGACAAACCUGAAGUGUUUCACAAGGAACGAACUUCUUUUACACCUGCUUCAGUCUACUAGAUUUGACUUGCAAUAUAAACAUGGCUAGUCUUGUUUAUAGAUUUGUGGUAUUCUGCCCCACCUUUGCC